AAACAGGAAGAGCAGCGAAGCAAAAGAGAGGAAGAAGAAGAAAAAGAAGCAAAUGCGAGAUCUUUCGGGGAAGGGCUAGAGAGAGAAGAGAGAUGUGGGAAUCCAUUUGUAUGACGUUAGCGGCAACCGCUGGUAAUAACAUCGGCAAGGUUUUGCAGAAGAAAGGAACUGUCAUUCUUCCUCCUCUCUCCUUCAAGCUUAAGGUCAUAAGGGCAUAUGCAUUCAACAAGACAUGGAUUAUUGGCUUUCUCAUGGAUAUAUUUGGGGCCCUUUUGAUGUUGAGGGCUUUGUCUCAAGCUCCAGUAUCUGUCAUACAACCGGUGUCUGGCUGUGGACUUGCUAUACUUUCUAUCUUUUCCCACUUCUAUUUAAAGGAAAUCAUGAAUAUAAUUGAUUGGGUUGGGAUUGCCUUGGCUGGUGUUGGCACAAUAGGAGUAGGUGUUGGAGGGGAAGAGCAAGAGGCGUCUGCAAUAUCUAUACUCCAUCUACCUUAUCUGCUUGUCAUUGUUGCCAUCAUGUUUGUCCUUCUUAAUGGAUGGCUUCGCAUCUACAAGCGCCAAAGAAGAGAACAAGAGUUGAUGCAAUCGGAAGUUGUUGAGGAGGUUAUAUUUGGCUUGGAAUCAGGCAUUUUAUUUGGGAUUUCAUCUGUGAUAUCGAAGAUGGGAUUUGUAUUUCUAGAGCAAGGAUUCUCCAAGAUGUUGGUUCCUGUGUGCAUUUUAGUCAGUAUAUGCUGUAGUGGUACAGGAUUUGUUUACCAGACACGAGGUUUAAAGCAUGGAAGAGCAAUUGUGGUGUCUACAUGUGCUGCUAUGGCAUCAAUAGUGACUGGUGUUCUUGCUGGUAUGCUUGCUUUGGGCGAACAAUUGCCUUCAGCUCCAAUGGCUCGGCUUUCACUCCUGCUUGGAUGGCUACUCAUCAUUGUUGGUGUGGUUCUUCUUGUGAGUUCAACACGGCUGGUUCAGUACUUUCCAUGGCCAUUUCGACGUUUUCUGCAUAAUGGUCUUGACAGAAGCAACAGUCGGCGAGCGGGCACACUUCGUGUAAGGGACUCAAACCCGAGUGCUGUCAUCCAGGCAACAACAUUGCAUCAUUUGAUAUCUCCGGUAAAGGAGAAGGCCUAACUGAAGAGUAGAGAUCAAGUUGUCCCUGUGCUGCUUCUCUUUUCUUGCCGAUCCAUUGUUCAUACAUGGUUAAUGGGUCCUGAUGACAUGCGUGUGUACUGUAUAGCAGUCUGCCUACAAGGUUUUUUGGGUUGGGUGAGCUUUGGGCGGGGUGAAGCAUGAUUUUUUUUUUUUUUGGAUCAUUCCUUAAAUGGAACAUCAUUAUUUUAACAGCAGUGUGAGCAUAGAGAAAGGCUUUUGGCUUCUGCAUGGAGGUUAGGCAGUGUUUGGAUAAGCAUUGGCUUUUGAAUUCUGUUUUUCUUCUUCUUUGGACUUUUGGCUAUUGAACCCGCUUGGUAAGUUUUGCUUCCAAGGCAUGCUUUUCCGAGUAGAAGCAAAGAAUGGGUGUUUGGUAGCACCAAUCUAUACGACUUUUAUGGA